GAAACUGAGUAGGUUUGGAAUUUUGUGCGGCUCGUUCAGGAUGGAAAUGGCCAUCGCUCUCAACACUUGAAUUUCAAAAAUCCACCGCCGACGACACGACCAUGCCAGAGACCAGUUCCCACCACCGCAGUGGGGCGACCACUGGUCGCGAGCAACGAUCGAUUCGUGCAGACUUGGUCGUGGCACCACGCGCGUUCAGCACCGACUGCGCACGCUGCUGUCGCCCAUUUCACUCCGCCGGCGCAGCCCACGCGUGUGCGACGUGCGGCGACCACUACUGCGCCGACUGCUUGCGGAAGCACGCCGCACUGAGCCCUGACGGCGCCUUAUCCUACGACGUGCGCAUCUGCUCGACGUGCGCCUCGAUUGCGAUUGCAGACCGCGGCAGCUACGACCAGUGCAAGGUGCUGCAGCCGCAGAUCCGUGCGCUCUUUCACGCCCCCGACUUUCCGUCGAAUACAACGUCGUUGGACUGCAACAGCGUCUUGUACAUAGCACUCGACCUCGACACAAAAGGCAUUCUCUGCGAGACCGGCCUCGCGACAGAGGACGCGUUGGUGUCCCUCUACGAACGCAACUUGUGUGGGUCGUGCGGCAGCUGGGGCCGCUUUCUGCUGCCAAAGCGCCACUGCGCUAUGUGUGGGGACGUGUUUUGUGCGCGGUGUCUGCUCUCCAAGCUCGCAGCGACGUCGCCGACACUGAGCAUGGUACAUGUCGUCCCCCAGUGCUUCAAGUGCAACGCCAAGCAAAGCUUUGGGCCCAACCCAUGGCUUCAAGCCGCUGACUCCUCUCGUAUCGCCGAUCCCUAGUAUGGUCCAAAGGUCGAUAACCCGUUUGUGAAAAUCGCAGCUCCAACAACGCUCAUUCGAAUAUCUCGACUCUGUAUUGUGUUUUGCCGUUGGAUCCAACCCGACCCCCUGGGCAGUGAAACUGACUUUAUUCACAGUCAUGUAAGUUCCACAUCACCGAAUACAUUCUCUG